ACCCGCGCCCGCGGGGGGCAGCAGCGGCAUAGCGCUAGGCGCGAGGAAUAUGUGCAUCAGUGUGUCCGUCUGUCCCCCCAGCUCGGGCUCAGCAGGCUCGGGAUCCAGGGGGCCGCAGCAAAGGCGGCGCCGCUCGGGGACUCUGCAGGGACCGGGGUGCCCCGGAGGGAAUGGUGGUGGUGGAGAAGUAGGCGGUGGCUGAGGGGGAGGAGGUGGGGAAAGAGGAGGAGGAAGAAGAGGAGGAGGAGAAGGAGGAAGAGGAGGAGGAGAAGCCAAAGGAAGAGGAGGAGGCGAAAGAGGAGAAGAAGCCGCCGCGGGCGCCGCGGGAGCAAGUGAGCUAGGAGCGCGCGGCGACGGCGCCGAAAGGCCGGGCGGCCUGGCGGGCGCAGGAGGCACGGCCGAGGCAGCGGCGCCGACUCCGUUCCACUCUCGGCCUGGAUCCAGGCCUCCGGGUUCCCAGGCGCUCGCCUCCUUCUGACGCACUUUAAAGAGUCUCCCCCCUUCCACCUCAGGGCGAGUAAUAGCGACCAAUCAUCAAGCCAUUUACCAGGCUUCGGAGGAAGCUGUUUAUGUGAUCCCCGCACUAAUUAGGCUCAUGAACUAACAAAUCGUUUGCACAACUUGUGAAGAAGCGAACACUUCCAUGGAUUGUCCUUGGACUUAGGGCGCCCUGCCCGCCUUUUGCAGAGGAGAGAAAACUUUUUUUUGCCUCCCCCGAGAAACUUCCCCCCCUCCCGCCUCUAACUUCGAUCCCCCCCACGCCAUCUCGCAAAAAAAAAAAAAAAAAAAAAGAAAAGAAAAACAAAAGAAAAAAAAUUACCCCAAUCCACGCCUGCAAAUUCUUCUGGAAGGAUUUUUCCCCCUCUCUCCAGGUUGGGCGCGUUUGGUGCAAGAUUCUCGGGAUCCUCGGUGUUGCCUCUCCCUCCCCCUCCCCCCUUCUUUCCUUCUUCCUUUCCUUUCCUUUCCUUUCUUUCUCCCUUUCCUCCCCCACCCCCAUCCCCACCCCCACCCCCACCCCCACCCCCACCCCCAACAAACAAGUCCCCAAUUCUCGUCCGUUCUCGCCGCGGGCAGCGGGCAGCGGGCGGCGGAGGCAGCGCGCCGCGGUCGCCGGGAGCUGGGAGCCCCGGGCGCCCGCUCCUCGGCGCAGCAUGUUCCAGCCGGCGCCCAAGCGCUGCUUCACCAUCGAGUCGCUGGUGGCCAAGGACAGUCCCCUGCCCGCCUCGCGCUCUGAGGACCCCAUCCGUCCCGCGGCGCUCAGCUACGCCAACUCCAGCCCCAUAAACCCGUUCCUCAACGGCUUCCACUCGGCCGCCGCCGCCGCCGCCGGCAGGGGCGUCUACUCCAACCCGGACUUGGUGUUCGCCGAGGCGGUCUCGCACCCGCCCAACCCGGCCGUGCCCGUGCACCCGGUGCCGCCGCCGCACGCCCUGGCCGCCCACCCCCUGCCCUCCUCGCACUCGCCACACCCCCUCUUCGCCUCGCAGCAGCGGGACCCGUCCACCUUCUACCCCUGGCUCAUCCAUCGCUACCGAUAUCUGGGCCACCGCUUCCAAGGGAACGACACAAGUCCGGAGAGCUUCCUUUUGCACAACGCGCUGGCCCGCAAGCCGAAGCGGAUCCGAACCGCCUUUUCCCCGUCCCAGCUUCUGAGGCUGGAACACGCCUUCGAGAAGAACCACUACGUGGUGGGCGCAGAGAGGAAACAGCUGGCGCACAGCCUCAGCCUCACGGAAACUCAGGUAAAAGUAUGGUUUCAGAACCGAAGGACGAAGUUCAAAAGGCAGAAGCUGGAGGAAGAAGGCUCAGAUUCGCAACAAAAGAAAAAAGGGACGCACCAUAUUAACCGGUGGAGAAUCGCCACAAAGCAGGCGAGUCCCGAGGAAAUAGAUGUGACCUCAGACGAUUAAAAACACAAACAGAACCCCUCAGAAACGGACAACACGGAGCAAAACAGAGACAGGGAGAGGAGGGGAAGAAGAAAAAACCCUACAAAACAAAAACAAACCACACACACAUUCACGGAGAAGGGGAGAGGGAGUCAGAGAGAGGGGCGGCGCGACGCAGACGCUGGGCGGCAAGAGCGCGGGGUCCCGAUCCGAGGCCGCGCCGAGAUGGCAGAGGACGGAGGCUCCUUGAUGAACACGCAACCCUUGUCUGAAGAGGCAGCUUGUGAGAGACAGACAGAGACAGACAGAGAGAGAGAGAGAGAUCCAAAGGUGGCAAAGCCGAAGGCGCUCUGACAAGGGGAGCUGUCAGUCAAAGGCCAAACCAGCGAGACAAGAUGAUUGGCAGGUAUUCCGGUUAUCUCGCAGUCCGAUUUUUUAAAAAAAUGAUGAUGAUAAUCAUAAUGAUAAAAGAAAACCCCCAACCAGGCACAGGACUUUUUAUUUUGCACUUCGAAGUGUUUUUUUCCCCAAUCUUUAAAAGUAAUCAGUGAUAAUAACCGUUGGGAUUCCACAUCCAGCCCCAUCCCACACCUGUUCAAAAACUUGAAUUGCAUGUAGCAGUUGUUGGGCGAAUGGUGUCUUAAGACAGAAAGUGAAUUGUAAUUUUCUUUUCCUUUUAAAGACAGGUUCUGCGUGCUUUUGAUUUUGAUUUUUUUGCAAGAAAUGUGCAGUCUGUAAACACUUUUUGAAACCUUCUGACGUCAAAGUGAUUGUGAAAAAGCUAACUGAAGUAGGCUCAGCGAUAGCGAUCCUCUUUCAGAGAAAUGGGGAGCAGGAUGGGGGCUGGGGGUGGAGGGGGAGGGUGCCCACAAGAGGAGUCAGGACUUGUACUGGGAAAAAAACCCCUAAAUUAAUUCUAUUUCUUGGACAUUCCUUUCCUAACAUCCCAAGGCUUAAAACCAUGAACUAAACUCCUUUUAGUGGUUGAAGGUAUUGGCCGAGUUCAACCAUUUGCCGUAAAUAAAGGCCAUUCCAAACUUUCAAUCUAUCUAUUGCAAAGACUGAAGGACUGUAGUUAGCGGGGAUGAUAAGUGUGGCCAAGAACACGGCAGCAAGUUUUCAAGCACUGAGUUUCUAUUCCAAGAUCAUAGACUUACUAAAGAGAGUGACAAAUGCUUCCUUAAUGUCUUCUAUACCAGAAUGUAAAUAUUUUUGUGUUCUGUGUUAAUUUGUUAGAAUUCUAACACACUAUAUACUUCCAAGAAGUAUGUCAAUGUCAAUAUUUUGUCAAUAAAGAUUUAUCAAUAUGCCCUCA